AGCGGAAUUCGAAGCAAGCAAAACCAACGAGAACUCACCACCACCACCACCCGCGCUCUCACCACCACCACUCUCGCACCGCAUUGCCUUUGGUUAGUUGCACCGCAGAGCAUGGCGGAUGAGGACAAGAGCCAACAUGACGUGGAGGAGCUGCGGAGACGAAUCGAGGCGCUGACGCGCGAAAACGAACGCUUGAAGCAGCAGAAACAACAUGAGAGCCACAACAACAACAGCAGCAGCAGCCUCCACAGUGGUGUUGGCGACAACGAUGAUCAGGUCGCUGUUGUUGAUGGCAUGCUGAGGAGCGACGGCGCAAACGGGCCCUACAAACAGCACUGGCGAGUGGAGGACGAGGACGAAGAUUUUUCCUCCGACCUUGCUGGUGUUGGGAAUGGCAAUGGCACAGGACGACCAUUGUCAAGAAGCAGCAGAUACAGCAGUCGACAGAGCAGCCGCAGCGCAUCGCGCCCUGGCUCGUCCCUCAACUCCAGCCGGCGUGGUCGCAUGAACGGGCGGGCACACAACCGCCGCCGCCGCUAUGACGACGAUGAUGGUGACGAUGCCGACGAAGACGGAUACCGCACACCAUCGCCAGACGCUGGCCUGGACGAUUCGGCGAUCCUUGACGCCGUCGACCCCAUUGACAUGGACGACGAAGACAACCUCGGCAACAGCGAAGACAACUGGCUGUACACGUCGCCCGCGCACUCGCGGCGGCGAAUGUCGUUUCUGUCGCCGAAGGACUGGCUGAGCAGCGAGCGGGCACGCGACCACUUCUUCGACGUUGUGGAGCGCAUCCCGCGCACGCUUCAGGGCACGAGCGACGAGGUGUGUCUGGAGGACAGCCCACUCAACCGGUCGUGGGACGGGCGCAGCCUUCGCCCCAUGCGCUCGCCAAUGCAGCCGCUGUCUCGCAGCUUCAACGCCGCCGGCCUGCGCGCCCUCUACAACAGCAACAACAACAGCAACAGCGGCAGCGGCAUCACCAGCACCAGCAGCACGAGCAGCAGCCCGACGAAGCUGCCGAUGGGGACCCGCCAGCCCGCGCUGUCUGUGUCCCCGGUGCGCGGGCCACGCAUGUCGUCGCCACACGCCCCCGUCUCAUCGCCACUCACACCAUCCUCCUCCACCGCACACGCGCACGCAUAUGCGAGCACAGCAGGCAGCUACCUGCCCUCGGCAGCAACAGCAGCAGCCGGCACAAACGCAGGCAGUGCAACAUCGACAACAAUGACGACGAUGAUGACGGGUGGCGACAGCGCGUCGUUGAGCGCGCGACCAGAGCGGUUAGCAACGCCGCCGCGGGAGGGGUACGUGCACGUGCCAGACCCAAAUCGCGUGCGGCGAAAACACGAGCGGGAGCACAUGGAGCGCGUACCCAUCACGGAGCGGCUGAAACUGCCGAUGGGCCGUGGAGGGUCACGCCCCCACAGCGCAGGGAGCGUGGAUGGAAGUGGAAGCAUCAGCAGCACUGGGGGGCAUGUGAGCGGCAGCAGUGCUGGUCGCCGCCGUGCUCGCCGUAUCUCUGCACAGUACACAUCGCAGCUGUAGUCCCAAUGAUGAUUGAUGAUGAUGAUGACGUCGUCGUCGUGUGCGUGUAUGUCUCUGUGUAUGUGUCUGUGUGUGUUUGUUUGUGUAUGUAUGUGUGGCUGUGUCUCUGUUUGUGUCUGUUUCUAUGCGUGUGUGUGUGUGUGUCUGUGUGUGUGUCUGUGUACGUGUGUGUUUAUUGCGAGGGAGGGGAGAAAAUGUGACGCACCUCAUGUUGCUGUUUCGGUUGGAGUUGAGCUGGUAUCAACAGGUGGUGUGCGCUGUCUGUGAGUGCUGACACACGCGUUUUGUUGGUGCUCUGUUGCCUGGGGUGUUUCCUCCCUCCUCCUCCUGCCCCCCCCCCUCUUCUUCUCCUUUCUUCUUCUUUAUUCAGCCCUUCGUUUCAUGCGGUUGUUGCAUCAUGUCACUCUUAUGUGUUGCCUCUCUGUCACUGGCAGCCUCGACCUGCUUCUUCUUCGUUCUUCUUCUUUUCGCUGCUUGCCUUGCACUGCCUCGUUGAAUCCUGUCCAUAACGUGUUUGUAUGUAUGUAUGUACGCACGGUUCCCUC